GUAGUUAUCUCUGAAACUACUUGUUAGCACUGAAAUCAGAUAAGGUAAACCAUAUGCUUUAUUGAGGUAGGCUGUCUAAAAUAAGUUACUGCAAUUUUAAGAAUUAAUAUGAACCAUAUGUCCUGUAGAUCUUUAAAUUGAAAUCUUCAUUGUUCUUUUAACUCAGCUGUUCUAGGAAUAUGUCAUCUUUUGAGAAGAUAAAUUAAUCAUCUACCUCAUUUAUAUACAUCAAUAAAAAUGACUCAUCCUCCCAUCUACCUUAUCAAAAGUAAUUAGGAUACAUAUUUUAACUCAUAUACAGAAUCUUUUAAUGAUUGAAAUUACAAAUGCAGGGAGUUUGAUGGAAACAGCACUUAUCCUUUUAGGAGAAAUCUUCAAGAAAAAGACACAUCAGCAAUCUAAAGGUUAAAUUAUAUUGCCAAAUCAUUCAUUACAGAAUGACUUUUUAAUGACAUUUUUACAAAAUACUUCCAGAUAGCAUAAGGCAGAAAAUGGCUUUUGACAAGUUCCCCUUCCUUUCUUAAAUUUUUCAGCCUCUUAUUAAGAUAAAAUGUAGUUAACUUCUUUUGAAUGCUUGCUCAAACAUUUUCUAUAAUAAUAACAAAAAAAAAAAAAUCCUGUGAAGGGAUUUCCAUAAGUUGUGCUGCAUUAAUGACUUAGAGCAGCUUCCUAAUCUGUUAUUCCUUCCUCCUAGUAGACCUCAGCUGAUAAAAAUAUCCAUAGACACAGUGAAGUCAGUGGCACGCCUGGCUUUCUCAGACAAAACUCCAUGUGAUCACAUAUAGGCAGCCUCAGAGAGGCUGACGCCGUGCAGCAAGCAGUAGGUAAUGAGUCUUUGUGCAGAGUGAAGCUCUUGUCGCUGAACAAUAAAGCAUAUGGUACCAGCAAUAAAACACAGGGCUGGGAAAUUUCAGAAGAUUCCGCUGAACCAGGAAGAACUGUGCCUUCUGUGAUGCUGACACAUAAUAUAAAAUGAUAAUCCAUUUAUUUUGGAUUCUAAUGAAUAAGGAGUGCAUGGACUAAGACUUCAGCUAUUUGAACAGGUACAUGUGACAGCACUGCAGCUAUGAGUGGAAUUUUAAAGAGGAAGUUUGAAGAAGUUGACGGCUCCUCACCCUGCUCCUCUGUGCGGGAAUCGGAUGAUGAAGUUUCCAGCAGCGAAAGUGCUGACAGCGGGGACAGUGUCAAUCCAUCCACUUCUAAUCAUUUCACCCCUUCCUCCAUUCUCAAAAGGGAGAAGCGGCUGAGGACAAAGAAUGUGCAUUUUAGUUGCGUCACGGUGUACUACUUCACCAGGAGGCAAGGCUUCACGAGUGUGCCCAGUCAGGGCGGCAGCACCCUGGGGAUGUCCAGCCGCCACAACAGCGUGCGCCAGUACACGCUUGGCGAAUUUGCUCGCGAGCAGGAGCGGCUGCACCGGGAGAUGCUGAGAGAACACCUCAGGGAGGAGAAAUUGAACUCUUUGAAGCUAAAGAUGACUAAGAAUGGCACUGUAGAAUCUGAAGAAGCUAGCACUCUUACAGUGGAUGACAUUUCUGAUGAUGAUAUUGAUUUAGACAACACAGAAGUAGACGAGUACUUCUUCCUACAACCCCUGCCAACAAAAAAACGAAGAGCACUACUGCGAGCCUCUGGAGUGAAAAAGAUUGAUGUAGAAGAAAAGCACGAGCUGCGAGCCAUCCGCCUGUCGCGAGAGGACUGCGGCUGUGACUGCCGGGUGUUCUGUGAUCCAGAAACGUGCACCUGCAGCCUGGCAGGCAUUAAGUGCCAGGUGGAUCGUAUGUCUUUCCCGUGUGGCUGCACUAAAGAAGGAUGUAGUAACACAGCAGGUAGAAUUGAAUUUAAUCCUAUCCGUGUCCGGACUCACUUUUUGCACACAAUAAUGAAACUUGAACUGGAGAAAAACCGAGAACAGCAAAUCCCCACGCUGAACGGCUGCCACGGUGAGAUAAGUGCUCACAGUAGUUCCAUGGGCCCAGUCGCCCACUCAGUAGAAUAUUCUAUUGCAGACAAUUUUGAGAUUGAAACUGAGCCCCAGGCUGCAGUACUGCACCUGCAGUCUGCUGAGGAAUUAGAUUGCCAAGGAGAGGAGGAAGAAGAGGAGGAGGACGGGAGCAGCUUUUGCAGUGGAGUCACCGAUUCUAGCACGCAAAGUCUGGCACCUAGUGAGUCAGACGAGGAGGAAGAGGAGGAAGAAGAGGAGGAGGAAGAAGAGGAAGAGGAUGAUGAUGAUAAGGGAGACAGCUUUGUGGAAGGUCUGGGCACCCAUGCAGAGGUUGUCCCUCUUCCUUCAGUUCUUUGUUAUUCUGAUGGCACUGCUGUUCAUGAAAGCCACGCAAAAAACGCUUCUUUUUAUGCCAAUUCUUCGACUCUGUAUUACCAAAUAGAUAGCCACAUUCCAGGAACUCCUAACCAGAUCUCUGAGAACUACUCUGAAAGAGAUACUGUCAAAAAUGGUACCCUCUCGCUGGUGCCUUACACAAUGACCCCAGAGCAAUUCGUUGACUAUGCCCGUCAAGCAGAAGAGGCCUACGGGGCCUCCCACUUCCCAGCUGCCAACCCGUCUGUGAUUGUUUGCUGCUCCUCUUCUGAAAAUGAUAGCGGUGUGCCCUGUAAUAGCUUAUAUCCCGAACACAGGUCCAAUCAUCCUCAAGUGGAAUUUCACUCAUACUUGAAAGGCCCCUCCCAGGAAGGGUUUGUCUCUACGUUGAAUGGUGACAGUCACAUUUCAGAGCACCCUGCUGAAAAUUCUUUGAGCCUUGCAGAAAAGAGCAGAUUGCACGAAGAAUGCAUCAAGUCACCCGUGGUUGAGACUGUCCCUGUGUAGUAGCUGAAACUAUUCUAGGACCAGAUCUUCUCCUAUUUAAAGCACUGAAUUGAAUUGGACUUCCUGGGCUCAAUAUUGUUUUUACUGAAGACCAAGAAAACUUGGACUGUGGUUCAUCUUCCAGACUGUAUUUUGUUUUCUCCUUUCUAGCUACAUGACUGUGGCAUUGCACAAAUACAGUCUCUAUAAGGAUUUUAAAAGAUUUCAGACUGUUUUGAUAGAAAAUGCUAAAUUUUAAAAAUGCAUAUCUCACAGUUGCCUCUCUGUCAAACUGUGUGAAACCUGCCAAGCUGUGUAGAUCAGAGCUCCAAGUUUUGGAUUAUCGGGCCUGUGCAAGAUUGUUAUCUAAGACUGGGAAAUAUGAUUUAGAGUCCUAAUUUUCGAUAUAUCUGAAGAUGAUGGGGACUUUUUAAUGUAAAAGUAAUUAUUAUAAGACAAAGAUUUAAUUGUCCCAUGUGUAUUUUAUUUAUGGUAGUUUAGAAGUCACGUUUUUAUGAACAGCAGCAUGUUCAUCCGAACUGAAGAUGCAUAGCCAGGACCACAAGAGCAUGCCCACUUGGAUUGCAUCUCAAUCCAUUCACGUUUUUAUGAUCAUCACUGAUCAGAUUUGCAAAUACUUUCCUAAGGGUGAAAUAGGCCUAUUUUUGCUAGUUUGGACAAAUAAAUGAGUCUAUAUGUGCAGGUCCUUACACAGUUUUCUCUAAAGUUAAGACUUAGGACAAUCCUCUGGCGAGGGCCUUCUUCACUGCCCUCCCUCAGUGGACUCCAGAGAUGGAGGUAGAAGGAAUUGCCUUUCUUUUGUAAACAGCAGCAUCUUGGUUCUUACCUUGGACAGCACCUUUAAGCUCUACCCCCUCCAUCAAAAUGCACUUUAGUGCCCCUUCACGGUACCUCGUGUGGGGUGGGGACUGACAACACUUUGAGAUGAAAAAAUUUUUAAAUACUUUUUAAAAAGAUCUGUAACUAUUGUAAGGUUCACACAUUUAAUAUAUGAUCCCACGGAGGAAAAAUGACCUGUUUUCUUUUGCCACUCUGAGGACCUGAGUACGUGCAGAGGAGGCUGAGGAAACAUGUCAGAGACACACCCUGAGCAUGUAGUCCUUGCUCCAGCCUGAUCAACCCGUCCACACAAAACACGUGUGUAAUGAGAUUGCCACUUAGCGAUGAGCUGAUUGAAGGGGAGGCCUCCACCCAAAUGCUCAAGUAGGCCUUACUUUUCAGAAGCAUUUUGAUUUGUCUUGCCUGGGACAAUUAGCAGAAAAAUCCAGAAUGCAUUGCAUACUUUCUAAUUACCUCAUGUUCUCUUUUGAAAGGGAACAGAUAGAAAUAAAACAUGCACUCCCCACCUUCAGAUUAUCCAUAUUUGGUUCAUCAGAGGACUUCUUUAAAUUAGUUUAGGUAACUUAAUAGUGUGCUCUACCAUUUUAUAAUGCAAUAUGACUAUGCUAAACCUGUUUCACAUUUUGAUCUUCUAUUGUUAUGUCAUUUCAAGUGUUUUAUGAUAAUUAGAAAUGUGGACACACGUUGCUACUCAGUGACUGCAUAGCUACUCAUUUUUUUAUGUCUUUUAGAUGAGUAUUUAGAAAUAUGGAUAUAAAUGUACUGUAGAUCUCAGUUCUUUUCAAAAAUGCUAUUUUAUUUAAUUGAACUUAAAAAUGCUUGAUCUAGAGAAAGGUCUCCAAUGGAAAAGUUCCUACAAAAACUUGAUUUGAGGAAAACAUGUUUACUUGGCAGCUCUUCCAUGGUGGAGUUGGUUCCUAUUCCUUCUCUAGCCCACCACUCAGCUGAAUUUAUGGCAAUUCAUACUAACAUUAAAAAAGCUUUUGGUUUAUCUUUAUGUCGGUACUCAUAACUAGGAUAGUUCCUUUUGAAUGAUCCACUCUUCAGACUAAAUGGAGUUAUUCUCAAAUCUUGGUAGUGUUUGCUGGGGUGUUUGUAAAGUUACGGUAUUUAGUAGUAGAUGUUCAAAAAAAUUUUCUCAGCCAAUACAGUCUAAAGAACACAGGCCCCAAAGGAAAAUGACAAGCGGCUAUUGUCAGUUGAUGCAAGCGUAGGAAAGAAUCACAUGUUCCGUAUUUGCUGGACCCUUAAAAGCUCUGGGAGAUCUACAUGGGAAACACUUUGAGGUUAUUAUUGGAACACCUAGUGUAGAGAGUGGGGUGGAGCCAACUCCAGCUGGGACAGAGCUGACGGAUAGAAUGACAGUCCAGUUUCUGAAUCGAUACUUUAAUUUUAGUUCAGCUUUAUUUUCUCAAGAAGGUUUGAAGCCUACUUUUUUGUUUGGCCAGGUUUCUGUAAUAUAACAUUUUUUCCCGAAAAGAUGCUUUAAAAACAGAGCUUUCCUUGCCCCACCUUUCUGUCUUACUGGGUAGAAAGUCACUGCCCUGCUAAGAAUUAACCUUCCAACCAUAAAACUUUCAUUCCAAAGUGUCAUAUACCUUUGUAACUCCUAAACAUUUCCUACGAAUUACAUAUGUAAGCUACAUAUUUUAAAAACUCACACACACACACACACACACACAUGCACACACAAAUAUGUGCACACUAAAGUAGAGAAUGAUAGAUUUUAGUUAUUGACUAGUAAUGAAUACUGACCUUUUCCUCCCCUAGUAUCUGGUUGGGUUUUAUGAUCUAAAAGUGUGAUCUAGAAAAGAGGAUAAUUUUUGAAGCUGUAGUUUGAAAAUACUGAGUCAAAGUUGCAAAUAAUACUAAUGAUAGGAUCAUUUCAUUGCUACUUCCUUUCCCAGAAAAGCUAAGAUAGCACAAUGUUCCAUCUGACUUUUUUUUCCCCAGUAAUAGCCCCUGUAUUCAACAAAAACUGCCCACAUGACAGGAAAGUGCUACAGUUACUCUAAGCUUUUAAAAAGGGGGAUCAGGCUAGAUGCAGGUAGUUGGGGUACUUCCGACCUUUACACCAAAACACAAUACCCUGACUUGCAGCUGUUGCGGUGCCCCCGUAAUUUAACUAACCAAAUUAUAGUUUUUUGACACAACAUUUUAGUAAUUCAAUGUCAAUUGCAAAGCUUAGUGUGUUCCAGUUUCUGCUGUUUUAGCACCAGCCCCAUACCUAUAAAUGGGGCUUAAUUCUCAGUUAUAAUUCUGGUCAAAUUGAUUUGCAAGUCAAGUGGCUGGAGCAGCUUUCGUCUCCUUUGUCAUUCUUGAUUUCCUUUGAGAGGAAGAAGUCAAUGAAAGAGUUUUACUUAAGUCCCCCCACCACCAAUAUUUUGAUCAUCAAUUAUUAAGACAUAGAUAAAACUCCACUUGUCACAUGUCUUUUGGUUGAUUGAAUAAUAUAGCUACUUUUUGAAAGCCAGUCUCUUUUUGUGUAUUUUUCCCAGUGUUCCAGCCACAUUAUCAACUGUUAAAAUCUUGAUAAUCAUGUCUGGUACAGCAGUACUGUUCUCACUCAAAUAAAACUGCAAGUUCGAGAAACACUGGCUAUGAAUUAAUGAAGAAGUAGAGAUUUUGUUAAGUGAUUAUGUUCUUUAAAAUUUUAUACUCUGACAGAUGAGUUCUAGGCAAAGGUCUUUGCCUAAUGGCAAAUAUAUUGUGAUUUAUUUCCAUAAAUUGCUCUAUCAUUUAUUCUUUGGCUUAAAAAUUUUAUAUUGUUGUACAAAUUUAUAUCCUUUUGGUCUUGAUAGUCAAAAUUUAUUGAGUAUAAAUUCUUUCUUUCCAUGAUAUUUAUUGAACACCUGCUAUGUUGUAGCAAUUGCUUUGGGUAGUAAAAAGUAUAAGAUGAAACAUUCCCAAGUCUAAGAGGUGACAAUGAUGAUUGAUGAUGAUGAUGAUGCAGGGUCGCAUGAAAUAAUCAAGCUUAUUCAUGUCCUUUAAUCUAUGAUUUUAUAACAUGACAUAGAUUAUUGUCUAAUUAUAUGCAAGCUGCAAUUAAAAGGAUGCUUCUUUUCCCUAAACUAACGAAACUCACUGAAUCCUCCUUCUUCCUUCUUCCCUCAUCUUAAAUGACAGAAUUCACUCAAAGCUCAGCUAAGACUGAAACAAGUGAAAAAGAGACUUUCAGCUAACUUUCUUCAAUGUUGAACCUACAUAAGUAAUGCUAAAUUUAUAUCAGCAAAUGCUUACCAGACCAAAGUGGGUUUGAUUCAUGCAUAAUGCAGGAAAUAAGUUAAGAGAACUUUUGAAACAACUGUGGAAAAUAAUCACUUUUCUUUCUAUUCAUUAAUAGCCUAGCAAAAUAGCAAAAUCCUCUUCCAAGUUCCAAAGGCAUCGCCUAGCAGAAUGUGGAAAAUAGAGGUCAUUAGUUCCUCUCACUUUUAGCUGGAGUUAUAAACCACCAAAUUAGUCAUUAGAAAAGUGUCAUCCUCAGAAGUCAACAAGAGACUUUUUAAAACUUGCCAUAGAGCCUUCUAUUUCUGCAAAUAUAAGUUAAAGUUUCACCUUAAAAUUGCAUCUGCUUGUUAUUCUCUUUAGAAAAAAAUUUACAGUGUCAUUAUGGUCAAUGUGUAAAACACAGAGGAAGCACUUUUAGGCUGUCAAAGGCAAGAUUUGACUAUUUUGAAACUCUGUCUUCUAUCUUUACCACAACCAGCACCAAAAGCUUGAAACCUCAAUCAUUCUUAGUUCUAAUUUAAAACUUCAACACCUGAUUCCAUUCUUUUUCUGAGAUCUGCUAACUUGUGCUGGAGUAACUUAAAUGCCUAAACCAAAUGCCACAGUUUUGUUCAAAUAGCACAGCUCAUCAGAUGUUUUCUGUAACAUUAAAGAAUCUAAUUGGCUUAAUUGACUGAAUGCCAGCAAUUUGAAAACUCACUAGAAAUAUAGCAGCAUCAGGGUGUGGGUGAAGGUGGAGAAUAAGCUUAAUAAGUGGCAGUGUCUCCUGGGAACUAUGAAAGCGUUCCAGCAGAGCUAAGCUAGGUCUUAUUAAACCACCAAGUUCACAUAUGGCACCCUGAAACCCAGAAGGGGCAGUUCCAGCACGGACACACUCACAGCCCAGCUGGUGCCCACAUCUCCUGGCCAACAUUCACAUCAGUUACAUUUUACUAUCUCUAGGGCAUGUGAUGCUUUAGAAAACAAAAACAGACUUACAGCAUUUAAAGUAACUAUCUUUAAAGAAAUGCAAAUGUGUUUUAUAGUAAAAUGACUGACAAAUGACUUGCAUUGUUAUCAAAAGUAAGGAAUACAGAAAUAAAAGAGCUCUUUCAUAUUUUGCUACCAAAUCUACACAUUAUGUGACUCAUUACAACAGUCACUACUAAGCUUACCUAGACUCCUCUCCUGGCUUUUCAAGAUAGACCCACUUUCUAAAUCAUCCAAGAGUUCUAUUUUAUGCUUUCCCUUUUUAAAAACAUAUAAAGGAACAGAUUUAUUUAACUCAUGGGUUUGCAGAUUCAAGGGCAUGGCCCUGGCAUUGUCUCAGUUCUGGUGAUGAACUUCUUGCUGGCUGAGUCCAAAGUACCACAUGAUAUCACGAGGCAAGAGACAGGGAGUGUAUGUGUCUCUAUCUCUGUUUAUUUCUUUAUUAUCACAAAAAAAAUCCACACUUGUUAUCCCUUGGGUUUUACUAACUACAUGCAGUCUGGCCAGCACUGAGUUUCAGAUUCUGAGAAUGAUGCCUGAGAUACAGGGGGUGGCAGGCCGGAGAUUGUACAUAACCAUAUUCAAAGCCUAAACUGGUGUCUUUUCAGUUCAUUUUUUAUGUAGAUUUUUGAAAAUUUUAUUAGCAGAUUGCUUGGAGUUUUAAUAAAUACAAAUACUUAUUGCAGCUAUGGAGAAUGAAGUAACUCAAAGAUUUAAGUCAUGCUGGUGUCUAUUUUCUUAUAAAGGGUAAUUGCGUUUUAUUUGAUCCUUUUCACUUAAAUGUAAUUCAAAACAAGUCAUCUCUGCAGUGUCAUUUUAUUUCAUAUUUCACAAAAGUUUCUGUAGAACUGAAGUUUCAAAGGAAUAUGAUAGAUAGAAUAGUAUUUUGGACAAUCUGCAUUCGAUAUGCUAAUGAUGUAAUUUCUCUCUUCGCAUUACUCAUUCAUUUCCAUGGUGAUAAGCAAGUCAGUCCAAUAACUCACUUCAGUGACAUGUGAGAACAUUUAAAUAUUUUAAAGACAACAUAUAUUGAUUUAAAAAGACUUAAGAUAAGGCAAAUUUAUGGCAGAAAUUAGCCUUGCCCUUAUCUAAGUUAAUUUAUAUGACCUAAUUGAUUGCUCUCUGUUGUAAUUUUGGAGUAAAUUCAUUGUUACAUAACUUUUUUUCUUUCUCUGUUGCCCUUCUCUCAAUAGUUUUAGCAGUCUUAGGGUUAUCUUAAAUGUUAUUUAUUAAUAAGUAUUUGAAAGAAAUUUGACUUAGGAAAUCUGUGUUUAAAAAUGAUCUAGGUGCUUCUGUCCCAGAGAUCUUCAUCACUUUCUUCUGCCACACUGGGUAAGGCUCCCUACUCCUUGCUUGGGAGGUCUGGGGCGAGGUCUGGGGCAAGGUCUCAUAAUGUGGUUUUGCUGUUGUCUCUACAUAGACAAAGUAUUGGGGGGAAAAACACAGAAUUUGAAAAUUCUAAUUUUGUAGCACAUUUUAUCCAAUUUAUUUUGCCUUUCUUUUCCAUGUUCUCAACCCGGUUUCCCCCACUAGCCAUUAAAAGAGCCAUCUAUCUUCAAAACAAAUUCAAAGAAAGAAAAGGAAAUAAUAAAAUCCAAAUCCAAAUUCUUCUAAAAAGGAGAAACUGAAAUAUUGAAACACAGGAAAGAAAUUGUUGUCUUCUUAAAAUUCGAUUAAUCUUUGAGUGAUUUCAUGGUACCCAGAUGAAAUUGCAGCUUGAUAGAUUUUAAGAUUUAGUACUUGGCAAAGUCAUUUUGUUUGUAGCAGCAUCAAAUAGGAUCUGCUGUCAAAGGUUACUGGCUGAAUGCUGAUUCAUUAGGUACCCGUCAUGCCAACCGCUUCUCUCAGAGCAGUUUAAUCAUUUCAGAGACACUCACAAUUGCCAACUGUGUGUGAAUAAAGGGAAGUUUGAGAUUCUUCUGUAUCCUUCAAUUUUUAUAGUCCUGAGACUCAGAGAGUACUCCAGGGGUCAUGAGGCUCAUCCAUCUACCUCCAGGGAGGACUGUCACUCAGACAUGCCCAACAGGAUAGAGACCCAUCUAUUCUUCACAUCUCUAGGGAAGGUUGUUUCCUUGGCAACACAAUGUAGCUCUCUCAGGUCUUCUCACAAUGAGAAAAAGUCUUGGCCAGUCUAUAUGAGAGAGGCACUGGGCAAUGGUUAUAGCAAUUUGGGCCAUUGUACUGAAGUUUUCCCUACAUUGGACUGGAGUGGGUUUUCCCCUACCUUGGCUAUUAUAUUUAGUGAUUCCAGAAGUAUCCGAAGAAAUUAGAUUUGUAAAGAAAGAUGUGAGUACUGAGACAGUGCUCCAUAACAUGACCUAUUUUUGACAAAUACAGCCAUAGUUAGUUUUUGUUUUUCAUUGCUGUUAUGUCAGGAGGUAAUAACAGACAAGUGACUGUUUCGGAUCCCAGUGACAAACAUCAAAAGUAGGAUCAAGACACUCAACUUUUCAAGUGUUCAAUCUUCUCAGAAGUUACAGUUACACAAAGUAAACAUGUUCUUCAAUGUUGCUUCUAAAUAUCUCCUCACCAAUCUAUCUUUUUUCUAAAAUGACAAAUAAGAAUCUGAACUCUUUCCACUCCUUCUGGGGAAGAUGAGAUUAGCUGUGCAGAUACUAAUGUGGAAUAAAAUGACUGCAGAGGGCCCCAGCCUUUGUCCACAUGUUACUCGGACAUUGGCUGAUUGCUUUCUCAAGGAUCAGGAAAAUGAUCGAAAAGUUGUCAUCUUGUUAAGGCCUGAAACAAAAAUAGUCUUGGAUGAUGGUGAUAUUUUUUAUUGUUUCUAAUCACCUGACCCAAGCACUACCUGCAGCUUUCAAAGCUUUUCCUGUUUCCUUGGAGUUGACUUGACUCCAAGGCAGAAUAAGCCAGAAGAUGAGGAGCAUACCUGAAAUCAAUGUUUUCGUUCUCCACAGGAUUUGUUUCAAUCUAGGUGCAGCUGUUUAUUUCCCCAACGCCAACGCUGUUGUGAAAUGACAGCCACAUCAGUGUGGCUACUCCCCACAAAUACCACUAGGGGGAAAUGAUCCUUUUUGUUUGAAAAAUAAAUGCUGUAGAAUGCUCAUGUAAAGAAUGUAAUACAAUUUGGCCCAUGUUUUAAUUGACUGUAGCCACCUCUAUGGAAAUAAGUCUGAGGUGUAGUUUGUGAAACAUGUUUCAAACGUGUUUGAUGUAUAAUAAAUGCUAGACAUUUACAGUACAUAACUAGUAAAAAAAUAUUUUAAACCUGUAGAUUACAACUCUGUUCCUAAGAACCUCAGCCUUUAUUGUGUCUUAGUAAAGUUGAUCUGCUUUCUUUUCAGUUUAUUGCAUUUCUGGUGUAAUAGCCUCUUAAGAUAGAACUAUUAAUACAUAUGUACUGGUUAAUGCCUGUUAAUGCAUAAAAUGGCACUUUGUUAUUUCAGUGUGUUUCCCCUCAGUGUCACAGGGUAUAUCAAUUUGAUAGGAAAGGUCAUUUGACAUUAAUCAAAAUCACAUUUUUCCCCAUCAAAAGGAUAUAUGUAUAAUUGGUUGCUUAGAUAAAUGUCACAUUUUUCAUUACCUUUACCUUGAUCAUAGUCUUAAAACAUCAUCUGUGUCUCCACAUUCCAGCUUCCAUAGAAAUUUGGUACAUUUGCAAAUCAUGGUGAAAUCUGGUGAGCUGAAUGUAUUGGUAGAAUAAAUGAUCCAGAGAACUCGAAUGUCAUCCUUCUAUGUUGAGCCAUUCAAACACUAGGAAUGGUCCUUACGCAAGGGAAGUCUUUUGGGAGUAUCUGUUUUUAUUCUGUGUUUUUGUUUGUUUGUCGCUAGCAAAAACAAAAAAAAUCUUUAAAAACUCGGAAAAGCUACUGCAUUGUGUUUUUGACAGGAUGAUUGGUUUUAUCUUUCAACUGAUUUUUAUUAUUACCUUUAUUCAAUAUCAACUGUAAUUCAAUAGACAUUUUAUUACAGUUAUAUUCAACCAAAUGACUUACAAAUGUUUGAAGAAGAAAAUUAAACUACAGUACAUACAUACAGUCAUUUUACACUCAGAUGUCAUGUUGCGUGUAGAACACUUUCUAGAUUGAUUUCUCUUGUGUGUAAGUUAUAACAUCAAAGAUGCCAAAGGGUAUAUGAAAUAAGCUACAAUAAUAUUCAACAGAACUUAACCUGGACCUUAUGUUGUAAUAAUUUAUUCAUAUUAGCUAUAGUCUUCUGUAUUUAUAUUUUCAGUAUUUAUUAUGAAUGACAUGGAAAUUUGUGUAUUUAUUGUGGCUUUUUAUUGCAGUGUGUAAAUAUAUAUAUUACAAAUAAGCAUUUUUAAGUCCUCCCCUUAAGUUUCUUUUAUUAGUGGCCCUUGUAUUAUGCUGUACUUUUUCUUAAUAUACUGUACAAUAUCUUGUCCAUUUGUUUGCAGCAGAGUAAAACUGGUUUCUAAGUUGUA